AUGGUCCCUCCUCCCGGCCAUGUCCUGGUCACCAGGGCUGCGCUAGAGGGGAUGCUGGCGAGCUUCGCUCUGGCGUUGACCGGCCUCUUACAGCUCACGCCGGACGAGGCGGCGCUGCGAGUCAUUGCGAAGACGACGGUGGAGGAGUGCUUCCCCACCGUCGCCAGUCCGGCCGCGUCUCCCGCCACCCCGCUGCAAACUCCAGUCGCUGCGCCUCCACCUACGCAGACCCGGGCCCGCGGGGAUGCUCCACCUCCUGCGAUGGAGGCUCGCAUGGAGGUCGACGCGCCCUCCCGGUCCUCCCAGCCAGCGGUGGCGCCCGCCGUGGCGGUGGCCCAGCCGGUGCCGGCAAUCCAGACCGCCAAGCCCCACUCAUACAUCCCAGUGCGGGCGGCUCCAACGCGCUCCCGUAUCCCGCAGCCGAAGCGCAUGGUGACUCCGAAGCGCCGGGGGCCGACCCCCUCGCGCGCGAAGGUCCCUGUGACCACCCCGGGGGCCUCCUCGGCGACCGGCCGCUAA